AGGGCGGAGAGGUGGAGGUUUGAGGGAGCAGAGUGUAGGUGAAGAUAAGCUUCAAUUCUGGCAGAGAUAGGAGGGCCGGUGACUUCGUGACUCAGGGCUUUUUUGGAAGGAACAGUUGGUCUCAGGAGAACGAGACCCAACGCAGGAUAGGAGCCCCGACGCUGGUAACCAAGGUCUAAGCCCUUGUGUUAUGUUCAUCCCUCGCUGGGCACUAGAACAGUCAGGGCAAUAACCAGCUGACAUGACGUCUCCAUUUGAAUAUGACAAAGACUUGGAAGGAGUCCUUGGAAAUUUUGAUGACCCUGAGGAAACCAUAACCAGCGAUGACCGAGACACCAGUCAGGAGAAGAAGAGGAAUUCCAAACUGUACAAAUGUCUUAGACGGGUGACAAAUUGGGGGAUCCGCGACUCGUAUAAUCUGGAAAGGAGGAGGCUGAAGGACGAAGGGCGGGGAGGAAGAUUUCGUAAAAGCCUAAAUCCCUUCCAAGAGAACCCUGCCCCUUCAUUCCCUCCUGAAACUCCAUCCUUUAUCCCACCCAAACGUGGAGUGGAAGAGGCGUACGUGGAGCUGCAGGAGCUAGUUAUGGACCCCAAUAAUGAUAUGCACUGGGUGGAGGCUGCCCGAUGGCUUAAGAACGAAGAAGGCUUCCAGGACGAUCAGAAGCAGUGGGGAAAACCUCAGCUGUCCCACCUCACAUUCCGCAGCCUCUUGGAGCUACGACGGGCACUGAAAAAUGGCACAGUGAUUCUGGACCUGGCGGAAAAGACUCUUCCGGGAAUCUCUAGUCAAGUCAUUGAUCAACUGAUUUAUGAAGGUCGUCUGAAUCCCAAUAACCGGGAGGAAGUACUGAGAGCCCUACUUCUGCGCCACAACCGGCCAGAUGAAGAGCUUUCCAAAGGAGACCUUGAGAGUGGACAGUCACUGAUUCACCAGAUUGAGAUGAAGACCAUAGAAGAAAAGUCACAUGCCAAAGGGAACCUGGACGAAAAGGUACCAGAGAAUGCCGAAGCCUCAGUGGUCAUGGUUGGCUGUGCUAGUUUCCUGGAGGCCCCCACACUGGCUUUCGUACGUCUGAAGGAGGCUGUGCGUCUGGACUCAGUCAUUGAGGCUCCUCUUCCUAUCAGGUUCAUGUUCAUCCUUCUUGGUCCCAAGAAUGCCACCACCAGCUACCAUGAAGUGGGGAGGGCUAUAUCUAGCAUGAUGGCUGAAAGAGUGUUCCGAACAGAGAUGUACCUUGCUGGUGGCCGUGAGGAUCUUCUCCACUCUCUAGAUUCUUUUUUGGAUUGUUGCAUAGUUCUUCCUCCCACUGACUCAACAAAUGAACAGCUACUAAAGGAUCUGGUACCAGUUCAGCAGAACCUGCUUAGGAAGAGGUACCAAGAGGUGAAAAUUGUGCCAGGUGGACAUAAAGAUCUAAAAGCUAAAGAGGAGCCCCAAGAAGACCCCCUACAGAGAACAGGAAAGCCUUUUGGUGGUCUGAUUCGUGACAUCAAGCGACGUUACCCCCAGUACCUCAGUGACAUACGUGAUGCUCUGAGCCCGCAGUGUCUGGCUGCUGUUAUCUUCAUCUACUUUGCUGCCCUCUCCCCUGCCAUCACUUUUGGAGGUUUAAUGGCUCAGAAAACAGAUAGAUGGAUGGGUGUCCCAGAGCUGAUGGUGUCCACAGCUAUUCAGGGAAUUCUCUUUUGUCUCCUUGGUGCCCAGCCUCUACUUAUUCUAGGUUUCUCUGGACCUCUUUUGGUGUUUGAGGAAGCUUAUUUUAACUUCUGUGACAGCCAAGGCAUUGAAUACAUCGUGGGUCGUGUGUGGAUUGGAUUGUGGCUAAUCCUGAUUGUUAUUAUUGUUGUGGCCUGCGAAGGAAGCUUCCUGGUUCGCUUCAUCUCCCGAUUCACACAGGAGAUCUUUUCCUUCCUGAUCUCACUCAUUUUCAUCUAUGAGACGUUUUCCAAUGUGGCCAAGAUCUUCAUGGCACAUCCUCUCAUGGAGUCUUAUAAUGUAUCCGUGGUGUUUUUAGCAGACCAUCCCCAACCAAACACAGCUCUGCUCUCUCUCGUUCUCAUGGGUGGAGCGUUCUUUAUCGCCUACUUCCUGCGUCAAUUCAAGAACAGCAGCUUCUUCCCUGGCAAGCUGCGUCGUAUCAUUGGAGACUUUGGUGUCCCUAUUGCCAUUCUAGCCAUGGUGUCAAUUGAUUUCUUUAUUAAAGAUACGUACACAAAGAAACUGUCCCUUCCCAAGGGUCUUAGUGUUUCCCGUCCUCGGGAUCGAGAUUGGUUCAUCCCACCAAUGGGACUAAACAGCACUGCAAAUCCUUUCCCUAUCUGGAUGAUGUUUGCCUCUAUAGUCCCUGCUUUACUGGUCUUCAUUCUCAUCUUCAUGGAAUCCCAGAUUACCACGCUCAUUGUCAGUAAACCAGAAAGGAAAGCAAUUAAAGGCUCUGGAUUCCACUUGGAUCUCUUGCUGAUUGUAGGAAUGGGUGGCGUGUGUGCCCUCUUUGGAUUACCCUGGCUCAGCGCCACAACGGUGCGUACAGUCAGCCAUGCCAAUGCUCUCACCAUCAUGACCAAAGGAGAGAAGCCUCAGAUAGAGCGAGUUAUCGAGCAAAGAGUCAGCGGACUGCUGGUGGCUCUUCUUGUGGGUCUCUCAAUUCUAAUGGAACCAGUUCUGUCCCUCAUCCCACUGCCCGUUCUGUUUGGUAUCUUUUUGUACAUGGGUGUCACCUCUCUGAAUGGAAUACAGCUGUUUGACCGGAUCAUGCUUACUCUAAAGCCUCCUAAAUAUCACCCCAAGGAGUCCUAUGUCACUCGGGUAAAGACUUGGCGCAUGCACGUCUUCACUCUGAUUCAGAUGUUAUGCCUGGUGGGGCUGUUUGCAGUAAUGUUAACCCCUGCUUCUCUGGCUUUGCCCUUCCUCCUCAUCCUCACUGUGCCACUCCGAAAAUUCCUUCUUCCCGUAAUCUUUACUGCCCUGGAACUCAAGUGUUUGGACGCAGACGACGCCUCCGUCAAUUUGGAUGAUGAAGAUGGUCAUGAUGUCUACCAUGAAGUGCAAAUGCCUGUUUAAAUUCUCUCUAUCUAUCUCAAAAUCUAUAUGUAACACUGCCAACAGAGUUAAACAAAAAAAAUGCAUUUUGCUAAAAGUUAAUAUUCAAAGCCAGUGAACAACAAGGUAUUAUGAAGCUAUGAAUUUUGAAUCAAUGCAAACUAUUAAGUUUCUGAAGUUUUUUUUAUCAUUUAUAUUUUUAUUAUGUGCUAUGUGCUCACAGCACUAUCUUUCCAACCUUAUUCAGAAAAAAAGACAAAAAAAUGUAUUUUUACAUUAUAAAACGUAUUUUUUUCUGUGUAUUUUAACAUAGAGAACCCUUUUGAUUAAGGUAAUAGCGCUCCAUCUUGUUUUACCUUUUCAGAUGAUUUCUUUUUGUGCUAAGCCCUAGCUUUUUUUAUACUAUCUGCUUUGCUUUAAGAAAAAAAAACAAAAA